UGAGGCAGCAGAUCCCGUCUCCCCGAGAGCUAAAGAAAAAUUUUCGGUAAGACCGCUGAAACAGAGCUCUUUUAGUGGUGAAGCCGAUUGGAAAGCUUCUUCCCAACCCGAAAGACAAGGAUGACCAUAUCCUUCCCGUACAAUAUCCACUCUAUAAAUGUCCGCAUUCUGGUAUUUUUCUAGAUGCCAAACAACUUGUCAUUCUAACCUAAUCACCCUCGCGACCAAAAUGGCUGAUGAUGCACAGGACCAGGCUGACCGAGAGAAAAUUUUCAAGCGUUUUGAUGCUAAUGGUGAUGGACAAAUUUCUGCGGCGGAGCUUGGGGAUGCCCUGAAGGCUCUGGGCUGUGUCACAGGAGACGAAGUCAAGCGUAUGAUGGAUGAAAUUGAUACUGAUGGCGAUGGCUUCAUUUCCAAAGAGGAGUUCACAAGUUUCGCAUUGGCCAAUAGGGGUUUAAUCAAAGAUGUUGCCAAGAUAUUCUAGUCUCCCUUCCCUUUUUCGUUCUGCCAUCUCAUGCAGAUUUCAGUAAAUUUUUUUUUUUUCUCUUCAUAGUUUUCUGACUUGGCUCAAUUCGUCCAUGUCAUAGACUUGGGUAUUUACAAGUGCAAUUCGUCCAGUAGUUAAGCUGUAACGUGAAUUUUGUGUUAUCUAACUACCUGCUCAAUACAAAAUUCAUAACUAUCAGUUUUGCCGA